AUGGGUUCUCAAGGCCCCUCAACAAAGGAGAUUCUCCUUGACGCUGUCGAACAGGUAGCUGGAGCAAAGGUCCUGCAGACCGUCGAGCCGACCGAUGUCUCGGAUGUGGUCAAAGACAUCAAAGGUCCUGCAAUCACUCAGGCGCCGGUAUGCAACACCCAGCUUCCAAUCCCUCCAGCCCUCCAAGCCGCCAUGGGCCGCAAGAAUGGCAUGUUGGAUAUAGUGGUCGGGUUGCAUGACCACAUACCUCGCUGGGUCCCUGGCUCAGUUGUCAAGUGGGCUGCCUGGCGACAGGGCUUUCGCAGUCAAGAAGACGCCGACUACGCUGCAGAGCAACUCGCCAUCGCUGCACAGGCAUGGAACGAUGCCAAUGUCGGCGUGACCUUUGAAUGGGUGCCCCUGGCCAAGGAUGCUACCUUUGUCUUGACCCAUGGCGGUGCUAAUGGCGAUGUUCUUGCACGAGCCUUUUUCCCCAAUGGCGAGGACCUCAACUACGUUUUUGUCUUCUCCUAUGCAUUCAACAAACAGUGGAAGCCACACAUGUGGAAUGUCUUUGCCCACGAGCUUGGGCACGUCCUUGGUUUGCGACACGAAUUUGCAAUUAAGGACGUCCGUGACAAGAUGACUGCAUCCGAAGAGAUGAUGGAUGCUGUCCGUAUUGAUGCCCCGGAUGAUAAGUCGGUUAUGAACUACCGUAGUGAGCCUCCAGAGAUCCAGCAGUCUGACAUCGAUUCGACCCGCAAGUUUUACAGCAUGUCUGAAGAUGAUAGUGGCAACCCCCUUAGCAUUGGCAAGACCAAGGUUCUCGAUUUUACCCCAAGGUAA